AUGUUAAGGAGAGUAACCGUAAGACAACUAGCUAACGUGCGGGCGUUGGCACGAGCGACACGGCCGUUGGCAGUGGCGCGAGCCUUUUCUGGGGCCGCAGGGCGGCUGGGCGCGGAAGCGCAAGAAGCGCCUAGGAGGCGGGCGCCGGGGCCCCGCGGAGAGACGGAGCCGCAGGGUGCAGCGGGCGCGCACGAGAUGGACCACUCGAUGAUCGGGUUCAGCGGCGGAGAGAUUUUUCACGAGAUGAUGCGGCGCCAUAACGUGGAUACGGUGUUUGGGUACCCAGGCGGGGCCAUCCUGCCGGUGUACGAUGCCAUAUACAACUCGGACGCGUUCAACUUUGUGCUCCCGAAGCACGAGCAGGGGGCGGGUCACAUGGCGGAGGGCUACGCGCGUGCUUCUGGGAAGCCGGGCGUCGUGUUGGUGACAUCGGGGCCGGGGGCGACCAACGUGGUGACGCCGAUGGCGGAUGCGCUGGCCGACGGAGUACCGAUGGUGGUCUUCACCGGGCAGGUGCCUAAAGCCGCAAUUGGCACGGAUGCGUUCCAGGAAGCCGAUGUGGUCGGCAUUUCGCGCUCGUGCACCAAGUGGAACGUGAUGGUGAAUCACGUGGAGGAGCUCCCGCGGCGCAUCAACGAAGCUUUUGAGAUUGCGACCUCUGGUAGGCCCGGCCCGGUGCUUGUGGACCUCCCGAAGGACGUGACCGCCGCGAUUUUACGCAGUCCCAUCCCACUGGCCUCUGCGCUACCGUCGACGACCCUAGCACAGCUCACACGGCAGGCGGCUGACAUCGACGGCGUGCGCUCGCUUGCCGACGCAUCGCGGCUCAUCAAUAUGGCACAGAAGCCGGUACUCUACGUGGGUGCAGGAAUCCUGAACAGCACUCGCGGUCCAGAGUUUCUGCGUGAACUGGCUGAAAAGGCACAGAUCCCCGUCACGACGACGUUGCAAGCGCUGGGUGCAUUCGACCAGGAGGAUUCGAAGUCCGUAGAUAUGCUGGGCAUGCACGGGAGUGCGGCUGCCAAUUUGACUGUGCAGAAUGCAGACCUGAUCAUUGCGCUGGGCGCACGGUUUGAUGACCGCGUGACCGGAAACAUCGCUAAGUUCGCCCCGGAGGCCCAGCGGGCGGCCCGUGAACAGCGCGGUGGGAUAGUGCACUUUGAGAUCUCCCCAAAAAAUAUCAACAAGGUGGUUGACGCUCAGGUGGCAGUCGAGGGUGAUGUGACUGCCAACCUGGAAAAGCUGCUCCCCUUGAUCAAGCCGGUCGCUGAGCGCAAAGAGUGGCUCGGCCAGAUCGCAAGUUGGAAGAGCGAGUAUCCAUAUGAUUACUCGCGCGAGACGCCCGGCUCGCGCAUCAAGCCUCAGACAGUUAUCACUCGGCUCUCCGAAAUCGCAAACGCCACCGGAAAGGAGGUCAUCGUGACGACCGGUGUAGGUCAGCACCAAAUGUGGGCCGCCCAGCAUUGGACGUGGAAGAAACCACGCACAUUUAUCACAUCAGGCGGCCUCGGUACCAUGGGCUUUGGUCUACCGGCGGCCAUUGGUGCCCAGGUAGCCAAACCCGAUGCGAUUGUCAUCGACAUCGAUGGCGACGCCUCGCUCAACAUGACCUUGAUGGAGAUGUCCAGCGCGGUGCAGGCGGGCGCCCCAGUAAAGAUAUUGUUGUUGAACAACGAAGAGCAGGGAAUGGUCACUCAAUGGCAGUCUCUAUUCUACGAGCAUCGUUAUUCUCACACCCAUCAGCUAAAUCCGGACUUCGUCAAGUUGGCUGAUGCAAUGGGGUUCAAAGCAAUGCGCCUAGAGGCGCAGUCGGACAUGGAGCCCAUGCUGCAGGAGUUUAUUAAUUGCAAGGAGCCCGUGUUACUCGAAGUGGCCGUCGAGAAGAAGGUUCCCGUCCUCCCGAUGGUCCCUGCCGGUAAGGCCCUGCAUGAGUUUAUCUACUUCGACCCAGAGGUCGAGCGACAGCAAGCGGAGCUUCGCAGCAGGCGUACGGGCGGGAAGCAUUAG